AUGUCAUCACUAUCGUCAAGGCCCUUCACGGUGUCCCUUGCAGAACCUGCAGAGGCUCCCCGUGGUGCUCGCCGCGUUAUCAUCCACGCCGACGUCCUGAAAACCGCAAAAAUAUGUGCGGGUGAUGUACUUGCCUUAUCACCCCUCGAUCCUCCAGCCGGAGCAAAGACGCUCUACCCUCUUUCAGCGGCCGCGAAGCUACCGCGCGGUUUGCCUUCGCUUCGUCAAGCCCAGGAAGCCGGGGCUGUUGUCCUCGCAGAAGUCCCCGAUAUUUCAAAUCAGGCUGUUCGUCUCUCUGACAAGACGAAAGCAUCAGAAAAGCGCAAGGACUGGCUCUCUCUUUUCGUCCGGGAGCUUCUUGUCGAUCUGAAAUAUCUCACACCCACCCAAACCGUUGAAGUGGUAUACGAAGGCCGCCGACGGCAAUUCACAGUUUCUUCCGUCUCGUCCCAAUCAAGUCGAGCCGAUAACAAAGGAAUAGCGGACCUUACGGAAACCCUGCAGUCCCUCUCCAUAGACUCACCCACACAAUUAUGGACAGUUGGGUGGGACACCACUGUGAUUGUCGAUGAGCCAAAGGGUAAAGUAGUUCGUUCUAAGUCUACAUCCCACAAGCCAGAAGUAGAAACGCUCCCGAACGUACCUAUCCAAGAUGCCUACUCAUCCGUCGGAGGGCUCGAUAAGCAGAUUUCCCAGAUUCGGGACCUCCUCGAGAUACCGCUCACCCGACCGGACCUCUUCAAGCAUUUCGGUUCGCCCACGCACCUCGCGCGCGCCAUCGCGUCCUCUACCCGCUCCUCCAUCCUUGUCGUCAACGGCCCCGAGCUUUCCUCCGCAUACCACGGCGAGACCGAGUCGAAGCUCCGAGCGGUCUUCGCGGACGCGCGCGCCAAGGCGCCGUGCAUCGUCGUUCUGGACGAGGUGGACGCAUUGUGUCCGCGGCGCGAGGACAGCGCUGGCGGGGAGGUGGAGAAGCGCGUCGUGGCGACGCUGUUGACGAUUAUGGAUGGGAUCGAGGGAGAGGACGACGAGGAUGGCGGAAGGGUGGUGGUUGUGGCUACGACUAAUAGGCCCAAUGCUAUUGACCCUGCUCUGAGGAGACCCGGAAGAUUUGAUCGAGAGAUUGAAAUAGGUAUACCAGACGCCGAAGCUCGCUCUUCCAUCCUCAAAGUCUUGUUGUCAAAAACCCCCCACAGCCUCACAGACAGUGACAUCCACACUCUCGCCUCCCAAGCCCAUGGCUAUGUAGGCGCCGACCUCUCAGCUGCUGUCAGAGAGGCAGGCACCCUCACCAUCAAACGCUACCUCUCCUCCCCUUCUCCUCCACCGACCCCACCCUCUCUAACCUUUUCCGACUUGCUCACCGCCCUUCCCACAAUUCGCCCGUCCGCACUGCGCUCGCUCUACCUCCCCACCACGCCUGUGUACUUCUCAUCCAUCGGCGGGCACAAGGAGACAAUCCAGAAGCUCCGCGAGUGCGUCGAGUGGCCGAUGAAGCAUCCCGAGGCAUUCAAGAGGCUUGGGGUCCGCCCGGUGAAGGGCGUGCUACUGUACGGGCCGCCCGGGUGUGCGAAGACGGUUCUGGUGAGGGCGCUGGCGUGCGAGAGCGGGGUAAACUUCGUUGCUGUGAAGGGGCCUGAGCUUCUGAGCAAGUUCGUCGGAGAGUCCGAGCGCGCUGUGAGGGAUAUAUUUGCGAAAGCGCGCGCAGCCUCACCCGCGAUCAUAUUCUUCGAUGAACUCGACGCGCUAGCGACCUCGCGCUCGUCUGCAUCCUCUUCGAACACGAACGAGGGCGUUCUCACGUCUCUACUAAAUGAGAUGGACGGUGUGCAAGAACUGGUUGGGGUCACCGUCGUAGCAGCUACCAACAGGCCGGAAGCAAUCGAUUCCGCUUUGAUGCGUCCUGGCCGCCUGGACCGCAUCUUGUACGUGGGCCCUCCGGACCAGUCUGGGCGGGAAGAGAUCCUGAAGAUUAAGAUCGCCGGCAUGAGUGUCGAGGACGGGUUGGACGUUUGCGAAAUCGCAACAUUGACCGAGGGUUGUUCGGGCGCGGAAAUCGCUUCACUAUGCCAAGAAGCUGCGAUGCUAACAAUGAGAAGAGAUUUGGAUGCACCAUUCGUACCGAAGAACGCGUUCGUCUCCGCCGCAAAAGUUAUCAAGAAGCAAAUCACACCCGAUGUAGUUCGUCACUUCGAAGAAUGGAGCCGCUUGAGCGGGGUUGCCGAGGUGUGA